GAGCGGGAGGCGGGGAUGGAGGGUCUGCGGCUGCUGGCCGUGGCCCUCACCUGCUGCUGGUGGCCGCCGGGCAGCCAGGGUAAGACCCUGCGGGGCAGUUUCAGUAGCGCCGCGGCCCGAGACGCUCAGGGCCAGAGCAUCGGCCACUUCGAGUUCCACGGUGACCAUGCUCUUCUGUGUGUCAGAGUCAACAACAUAGCAGUAGCUGUUGAAAAAGAAGCUAAACUCUACCUGUUCCAAGCCCAGGAAUGGCUAAAGCUGCAGGAAAGCAGUCAUGGUUAUAGUUGUGGUGAAAAAUUAUCCAAAGCUCAGUUGACAAUGACCAUGAAUCAGACUGAACAUAAUCUGACAGUGUCUCAGAUUCCAUAUCCACAAACGUGGCAUGUGUUUUAUGCAGACAAGUAUACCUGCAAAGAUGACAAUGAGAAUUCUCAGGUGGAAGAUAUCCCAUUUGAAAUGAUGUUGCUAAAUCCAGAUGCCGAAGGGAAUCCAUUUGAUCAUUUUAGUGCUGGAGAAUCUGGGUUACAUGAGUUCUUUUUCCUCCUAGUCCUAGUGUACUUUGUGGUUGCUUGCAUUUAUGCUCAGUCAUUGUGGCAGGCUAUUAAGAAAGGAGGACCCAUGCACAUGAUUUUAAAAGUUCUGACAACUGCAUUGCUGUUACAAGCUGGUUCAGCUUUAGCUAAUUACAUUCAUUUCUCCAGUUACUCCAAAGAUGGAAUAGGGGUACCUUUUAUGGGAAGUUUGGCAGAAUUUUUUGACAUCGCUUCCCAAAUUCAAAUGUUUUACCUACUUCUGAGUCUAUGCAUGGGUUGGACAAUAGUCAGAAUGAAGAAGUCUCAAAGCAGACCUCUGCAGUGGGAUUCUACUCCUGCAUCCACUGGCAUUGCUGUGUUCAUUGUCGUAACGCAGAGUAUUUUGCUACUUUGGGAACAAUUUGAAGAUACCAGUCCUCACAGCUACCAUUCGCACCACAACUUAGCAGGGAUCCUCCUAAUCAUUUUAAGAAUUUGCCUGGCAUUGUCAUUAGGCUGUGGACUCUACCAGAUCAUCACCGUGGAGAGAAGUACACUGAAAAGGGAGUUCUACAUCACGUUUGCCAAAGGCUGUAUCUUGUGGUUUUUAUGCCAUCCAGGUCUUGUAUGCAUUUCUGUCAUUUUUAGUGACUACCAAAGAGAUAAGGUUAUUACAAUAGGUGUUAUCCUUUGCCAGUCUAUUUCCAUGGUUAUUCUCUACAGACUCUUUCUAUCCCACAGUCUAUACUGGGAAGUUUCUUCACUUUCCUCGGUAACACUACCACUGACCAUAUCAUCUGGACACAAAAGUCGGCCUCACUUCUGAUACUUCAUUUUCUUUAAAGGAAAGUGAAUUUAUUGAGAAGAGUGCAAUAAAGAUCCAAAUACAGUGACUUUUUUUUUCAUACUUUUGGUAUGAAGAGUUGAACAGAGAAAGCAGAGCAUGUUAUUUAUACAACUGCAUUUAAGCAGUACCAAAACUGAAAAAGAUAAUAAAUGAAAUGUUUUGAAAUAAACUCAAACUUUCAAAAAAGAGUGUUGUUAUAAGGUGAUUUAUGCAAUUUCCAUAUGGAAAUAAAGAUGAAAAAGAAUUAUAUGAUAUUUUGGUAAGAGAUUCACUACUUAUAAUGCCUCAUAUCAAUAGUAACUCAGGUUUGAUAGUCUUAUAAAAAGUAAUCAGUUAAAUGAUUACUGCUUAUACAUAUCUAAACUAAGUCCAGUUAUGAAAUCAGUGUAGUACACUGAUUAAAAACUGCUUUUUAUGCUUUAAGGAAAAUGCAUUUUAUGUUGGAGUGUAAAAGAAUUGAAAAUGAAAUUAUUGCAGAAAAUGAAUAUAAAAUAUAUUCAUGGUUAAAUGAAUAAGCUUUUGUUUAUUUGUGGGUGGGGUCAUUCUCCAUUUUCUUCUAGUUCAGGUCUUAGCUUGAUUAGCAAAGGGUUUUUGACAGAUAAUCUAUGAAAAAUACAACUUAGACACAUUACAUGGGUUGUAAGGACAAAGAGUUUUAAAAUCUGAGCGCUUAGGUGAAGGGACAAGCAGGUUUACAUGUUUAAAAAGAAAGAAGGAAAAAGUACUAUGUGAUAUGGUACCAAAAUUUUAAUCCGGGUAUAAUUCAUUUCUCUUAACAUUGAAUCCCCAAUCGUAAUUAAGCCGUAUACACAGAUUAAAUUAACAGAAGCAUUUCACAUGAAUAUUGGUUUCAGUCAUCGACUACCCAUGAAUUCCUGCCCAAGGAUACUUAAUCAGGAUUAAAUUUUCUAUGAAUAAUUGAAAAACAAAAUACUCACUGGAUUUGUUAUAAUCCGAGUUGGCACUGGAUACUAAGUAGGUGCCAUCUUGAAUCCUUUGUAAUAAAGCCGUAUUUUUUGUGUAUGUGAUGCCACAGUAUUGAGUAUGCUAGCUAAAAAAUACUCUCUGAAGUGCCUGUUAAAAGAAUUGGGAUGGUUGUCUAUACCUGCUGUAUAAAAUGAGUAUUUCCAUUGAUAGUCACUGAUUGGAAAUUAUUUUGUUUCUGUUUGUCGAAUUGUUCAGCCCUUUUCAUUUUUACCUCUGGCUUAUUUAAAAAAUAUUUUUUAUCUACUUUGAAAGGUAUUACGUUUUUAAGCAAGAAAUGGUAUACUGAUCUAGUAAUUAAAUGUUUUAAUUAAAUGUUAAAAUAAUGUACCACAACUUAAAAAUACCUAUGGCUUCAUCUUUGUUUUUUCCUUACACCUAGUCUCAUUGGAAAUGAAUAGUAUUCUGCUUCAUUUUAAAGGCAAAAUAUAUAUGUAUGUGACUAGCAAAAUGGCAAAGUGACAAAGUUCAGCCUGCUCAUUAAAUCAUCUCUUAGAGUUCUUGGUAAAUUAUUUAAUAAAUGAGAGCUGCAGGUUGAGACUAGAAAGUCUGAGGUGUAUUUUAGGUUUACAUAAUCUGCUGAGUGGUCAUGACCUUUUCUUUUACCACGUCUCGCUAAUAACCCCAGUUAUUGUCUGUUGUGUUCAACCGAGGUGUAGUUAAUUAAGCUGAAAAAAAGAAGUGAGCCUUUUCAUAAAUUUUGUGAACUUGCGACAAUGGGAAGGGAAUAAUCUUUGUGUUACCUUACACAACGUAGAAACUAUAAUCAACAUAUAUGAAAUAUAUUACUGUGCUUGCAUUUACGAAACUUUUAACAGGUGUUUUUUUUACUUUGUUUUUUAAUUUAUGGUUGAGUUUGCUGAUAAUUUAUUUUGUUAUUCAAGAGCCAUUGUUAAAUGAAGGAAAACAGUUGUUAAUUAAUGUAUAAAACAGUUGUUAAUAAAGUUUAGUAAUCAGAGCUCAAAUUUAUAGUUCCUAAGUGAUGACGCAGCGUCCCUCUUUUUCUGAAUGUUUACAUG